AUGAGUGUGACUGUGAAGUACUAUGGAAAAGCAUCCCAUGCUGCUGCUUAUCCCUGGGAGGGAGUCAAUGCAUUAGAUGCUGCUGUCCUUGCCUACAACAAUCUGUCUGUGUUAAGACAGCAAAUGAAACCAACCUGGAGAGUUCAUGGUAUGAAUGUCAAAUACUUGAUUUGUAAACAGUUGAGUGGACUCUCCCUUUGGAAAGAACUUAGAACCAAGCCUGGUUUUUGUUAUGGCUUAUUUUUGGUAACAGACGACCGCUAUUUGCUGAAGAGGUUGUGCAAUUUCUGGAGGAAGUGUUAUGUAGAAAUUAAAGGUGGAGCACAUGAUUAUUACAAUGUCCUUCCCAAUAAGAGCCUAUGGAAAGCUUAUGUUGAAAACGGGGAAAAGCUAGGAAUAGAAUUCAUUUCAGAAGACGCAGUUUUGAAUGGCUCUUCAGGAUCUACUGAUUUUGGAAAUGUUAGUUUUGUGGUUCCUGGGAUUCAUCCAUAUUUUUACAUCGGAUCUGAUGCCUUGAAUCAUACAGAACAAUAUACUGAAGCUGCAGGAUCACAAGAAGCUCAGUUCUACACGUUGCGGACAGCCAAAGCUCUGGCAAUGACUGCGUUGGAUGUUAUUUUUAAACCAGAGUUGCUAGAAAGAAUCAGAGAGGACUUUAAAUUGAAACUUCAAGAAGAAGAGUUUUUAAAUAAAGUAGAAUAAAAGGAAGAUUUAGGAGCCACUUAUGGAUCAUUAAGAAGAAGUGAUGAUUUUUUUCUUUAAUCUUUUUUUGAUGAAGGAGGAGGACAUGCUUGUUUUUCAAUCUUAAAGGUUCAAAUUCCUCUUACCCAAAAAGUGAGGACAUUGUGGAGAAAACACAUUACCAAAUAUCUAAAAUUAAAAUUUUCACAAAUCUAUAUUUGAUGGAAUUGUGAUCUCCCAGGAGCUGGUAUGUGGUGGCACAGAUCAAUCUGGAUGAUCUAUGGUUUAUCAGUGAUAUUUUAUAAAUUCAUAUGUUGUAUAAGUGUAUUUUAAAAGAUCCAAGAGAUUUCAAACCUUAUAUUUAGAAUUGAUGCAUGAAACAUUUUUAUUGGUAUAGGGUAGUAAAAUUGUUUUAUAAGGUAGUUUUAAAAUUCAAGUUCUAAAUUUAAGGAAAGUCCAUUGUGAUAUCUGACUACAUUUGCUUUGGUUUAGAGAACCUCUUCAUUGAUAAUAAAAUCAGGUUUUUAAUCAGAAAUGCUUGGGAAACAACCAGAAACUCAGGUACAAAGAAUAAGCUUUAGUUUUCCCAUUUGAAGGAAAAUGAAAAUGUUCUUGUUUUAUAUAUAAUUAACUGAGAAGUGGCAUUAAAAUGUUAUUCCUAAGUCCAUGUUACUGUAAUAGGAAAAAUUAUAGAUGGAUAGGAUUGGACUCUUCCUGUAAGGUGUUUACUUGAUAGCCCAGUGUGUUCUAAAAGGACUUAAUAAGAGAAGAGUGAUGUCUACUUAUCUUGAAUGAAUGUCAUAUAACUGUCAUCUUCCUAGCAGGCCUAGUCAGGCUUCUUUCUGUUCAGAAGCCAGCCUAUCCAGCCUGGUUGGACAAUACUGUGGUUUACUGAGUUUAGGGAAUAGUAUUCUAGCCUCCUUAAGCACCUGUGCUAAUUAAACACAUUAUAAGUUUUUCCUGAUUCUUAUUUUAGUGUGAAUUUCUUUAACAUGAUAAAAGAAUGUGAAAAAAGCAUCUGGUAAAACAAACAUUUUAAGCUGUGAAUAUAGUAAACCUUCAGUAUACUUUACUUUAAAGGGAGUCCUCAAAUUGGAGGGUAAACAUUCCAAAAUGGAAGGGGAAGGAGAGGAAAGUGAGUAUUUGGCCUCUGCUGUAAGCAAGUCACUUGGGCCCCUCUGAGCCUUUCGCUCUCCAUUUGGAAAGUUAGAUUGAAUCAUUUAUACUUACAGUCCUUUGAGCCUCUAAUUCCUAAUAGUUUGGGGGAGAGUUAGUACUUGAGAAUUGCUUAUCUCUCUAUCGGGGUCUGCAAACUACAGCGCAAUUUGACAAGCAGCCUGAUUUUAUAUGGCUAGCGCACUAAAAAUGAUUUUUACACUUUUUGUGUGGUUGUAGGAAAAAAAAAAAGCAACAGAGACUGGAUGAUGUGAUCUGCAAUACCUACAAUAUUUACUAUCUGGCCCAUCACAAAAAAGUUUGCCAGCUCCUGUCCUGUAUAACUGUAAAAUGAAACCUGUUUCUCUUUGAUUUACAUCAUAUAACCAGAUAUUCUCCUAGGCUAAAACUUCAAGCCUCUACAUCAGCGGUUCUCAACCUUUCACAGGGGUCACCUAAGACCAUCGGA